GUCCAUCCCCACCUAUCUGUCCAAAAUUUAUUGCGGUUGAAGAUGGCAAGCAUGUUUUAAGAGAUGCUAGAGAUGGGAUAUGGUCGUCUCAUGGAAGCAUAUCUGGAGGACGUCUAACAAGUUCGCUGAUCUUCUAGCGAAAGACGGGGCUAGGCUCAAGAAGAAGACCACGCCCCGGCCCAUCUCUUUUUUUGCUCUAGACCACAGAGGGCACACAACGUAGAACAUCUCAUUAUUCUAUUUUUCGACUUGUUUCAUACAACAUACUUGCUCAGGUGUAUGUAAAGAGUGCCAUGUUUCCUCACUCUCCGGGACCUUCUCUGAAGUGGAAAGCUCGCUCCAAUGCAAUAUUAACAGUUCUUAAAAGUUUUGAGGCUGAUUUCCUCUGUAUACAGGAGCUAGAUGAAUACGAUACAUUCUACAAGGGAAAUAUGGAGGCUUUGGGGUACUCAAGUAUAUAUGUCAAAAGAAGUGAAAAGAAAAAAGAUGGAUGUGGAAUCUUUUAUAUGAAUGAGAGGGUGCAGUUUCUUUUGAAAGAGGAAAUACAUUACAACGAUCUCGUGCCUUCUAUUGAUGAUAAAGUCACAUUAUUCGAGGAAAAAUCAAACCUUUCAAGUUUUACGAAGGAAAAGGCCAUUUUACCUAAUGCAGGGUCAGGUGGAUUUGCCAUCAAGUGUUAUGCUCAUGUGGACCGAGGUGACACUAAUGAUCCUCGUGUAAGACUAAAACGGGAUUGUGUGGGAAUAAUGGCGGCAUUCAAGCUUGCGGAUCCUCCGCAUCAACUAUUUAUUAUAACAACCACUCACCUGUACUGGGAUCCAGAAUGGCCAGAGGUCAAGAUUGCACAAGCUAAAUAUCUGCUGUCACGUGUGAAGAAGUUUAGGGAUGAUGUUUCAAAGAAAUAUGAUUGUGCACCUCCAGUCAUUAUUUCUGGUGAUUUCAAUUCUCUUCCUGGAUCUGAGGUUUACACGUGCAUGUUAUCGGGAAUGACGUCCACUUCAGAGGGAGAAAGCCAACUGCCACUUAAUAGCCUCCAUGCAUUUCUAGGAGGAGAACCAGCACUUACAACUUGCAGUCCCGACUUCACAGGAACACUUGAUUACAUCUUCUUCUCAGACUCUGAUAGCUUGAAACCAAUCAGUUACAUUGAACUCUCAGGGCCAGCAUCUUCUGCUAUGAGUGGAGGCUUCCCAAACUACCACCACCCGAGUGAUCACUUACCCAUUGGUGCUGAUUUCAAGCUUUUUCCAUGAGUCAGGUUCAACGUCAUAACAAGUAUAAGUUUUUCUGUGAGCGAGAUUCUCUGGCUGUGAGAGAUCACCCUUCAUUGAUCUUUUGUUGGGAAACGGUUCCUCUAUCUUCUUUUGAUAACUUGGGUGUAUACCCUGAUACUGAACUUGAAUUUUUGACAAAUGCAUUACGGAUUCAUGAUUUGUUCAUAUAUAACUCAUGACUUCCUCUGUGUGCCUUAGGAAUUUUUGCGGGUACCCUUUUUUUUGGUUCGCGUCUCACGGUUAACACCCAGUUUGGAUAAGCCUCUAACCGAUGUUAUGGCCUUAUGGGUUUGACUUCACUGCAAACGUGGUGGACAGCAAGCUUUGGAGCCUUUUUCUUGUGCAGAGGAAUUUUUAUGAAUGGGUAGGCACAGCUCCUGUUAUUAGGAGACCUUCUUCCAUUUUUUAUUGCACUUCCAAAUAUUGUAAGUACGUUGUGUAUUCACUAAAACACAACAAACCCAAAACUUAGUCAGCUUCCAAAUCAAUGUAGGUAGCUUUGGCUUAUGUCUAGCCUGUAGGGAUAUGACUGUCUUUUUUACUUUAUAUAGAAUGGAUUUGUUGCUCUUUUAUCA